UAUACGGUCAUUCGAGCUAGACAAAACCUAAUCAGGGGUUUGAUCCUACAGGCCUCUGCCAUCCGACCCGGAUCCCAAUUUUCCUUUUCGGAAGCACCUUGAGAAAAGUAUUGUCCCCAACCCCAAAAAGGCGAUCCAACGUAUUAUUCGAGGGGAGACCAAAGCUGAACGUAGGCAGAGGAAGGAACAAGACGAACUCAAUCGUCUUCUCAAGAGCAAAGCUGACACAGACGUAAAGCCAGUCGACACACAUUCCAAAGACUGGGAAUUCUUCCAAGAAUUAACUGCUCAAAUUGAACAUACAGUUCAAGAAAGUGCCUCGAAAGUUAAGGUUCUACUUCCAUCUAAACCCCAUCCGCUCGAAGAAGACGACGACGACGAGGAGGACCAGACAGAGGACUGGGCCCACUUCGACAGCGCUUUCGGAUCAGAAACAGAGCCGGCUGCCGUGCAAACGUUCAACCCUUGGGAAGAUAAAAUCGAACCUUCAGAAGUCAGUGAGGAAUUCAAUUUAGAGUCAGAAGGGAUAGAUGCUGUGCUGCAUGAUGGUGAUAUGACAGACACGCUGGUUCAAAUAUCGGAUGAACCGGAACGCUCUGGUCUAAACGAAGAGGAACACCAGAGCAUCACUGAUCUAGAACGCGAUCUCGGUACUGAGGUCGUUUCAGAGGACACAGCAACUGGGCUAACAAAGGAUAUCGACACAUUCCUAGGAAUUGAAGCAGCAAACGAACCAAAUAAUCAAAAACCCCUCAGUUCUGACCCACUGCAGAUAUUGGAGUGCCUUAAGCCAAAAACCGAAGUAGAUCCUUUGGAAGAGCUAGGGCUUGAUUUAAGUCCCAGUACUGGCAUGGCCACCGACGUUGUCGACGACCCGAGAGAUCUAGCUCUUGCCGAUUUCACUUCUGAUGUACAGCAAGAGAGUGACCACAGUCCAGCAGAGUCCCUAGAUUCUUCAGGACCAAACCAAAUUCAGCAGUCUGAUACGAAUCCGCUGAGUGAUGAUGCUGAAAUGAACGCACAUGAGAUCCAGUAUGUAGACACCUCGUCUAAAAAACAGGCAAUUGAACUUCCUUACCAAGAAGAUAUGGACCGCAGCGACGUAGAAGAUUCUACCGCAGUUGAUGAUGUACUCUGGGGUGGAUUUGGCGAGAUUCACGUGGAGCCUAAUGGCCAUGUAGGAGCGGAGCCCGAUCCUUUUGGAUCAGACGAUUUUGGGUCUGCUGUUGUGAACUCUGGGAACGGUGCACAGCCUGGAUCCAAAAAGGAGGCAAAUCUGUACGAGCAACCAAGUAAAGACGCGAUUCGUCCACGUGCCAAACCGGUUAGACAAGAAACACUUUCCGGAAAUAACCCUUUCAGGAAACGAACCAGUGAGGAUAACGAACCGGACGAUGAACUGCUAAGAGCGGCUGCUUCAAUCGGAUUAAUAGGUCUUCAACACCCAGUCCGAAAGCAUCGUGACAGUUUUGAGAGUUCUGGCAGUUCAGUUGCUGAUGACAAACUGGGAAAUGAACAAAGUUUGCAAGCCGCGGGUGAAAGUACAGAAGAGGGCCCUACUGACGACGUUGACCAUAUUGAAAACGCUAAGGUACCAACACACGGUUUCGAUCCACUGCAAACUAUCUAUCCGGAAAGCGAUAAUGAAUCUGUAGCUUCAGAGGAACAAACCCAAACAGAAAGUCAAGCUAUCUCAAUCACAAUCAAAGAUAAGCCUGAAGUUUUGAACGGAGAUCAAACUAGAAACUCCCCUGAGGUGCCUACUCUUACAGCUCCUCCACGUCCACAACCAGUUGCAGCUGAGUCGAAAAAAGUCGAAUCGGAAUUGAUUUCACUAGAUGCGGAGGCGGCAGACGAGCCUGUGGCAAGACAUCCGACUCCUGUUGGGUGGGUGAAUUUUAAUUCGGAAUCUGCCGAGAUCCUGGAUGAAACGGACAAACAAUUAGUUCCCGCUGAGAUGACCUUUGAGGUAGACUGGUCUGCCCCGGUCAUGCCACCCCAAAGAACCGAACCGGAACCUCCGCGCCCAGAUACCCCAGAUCCGGAGUUGGACAUACCAUUCUAUCCUAUAGCAAAAGAUGGUGCAUUUUAUCGACUCUGGUUACGUUAUCCAGAAAAAAAGACAAGAAUAAAGCAAGUGAGUAAAUACACUACUGAUCGUUAUUGGCGGGAGAUUGCCAUCUGUUUUCGUAUGGAGCAUGGACGGAAGGUUAUUAACCUGCAUGAAAUUGAUGACAAGUCUGAUGUAAUUGCCUCUGAACCUUAUCGAUCCAUUCGUAUUGAACCGUAUAUGCAAUUAUCGCGCGAAAAAUUGCAACAAUAUGACAAGUAUGGAAAACUGCACGUGUUCAAAUUGAACCAUGUUACGUAUCGCGAAAUGGUUGGUAUAAGACCUGAGAAGUUUUCCAUAAAAAGUCUUCAAAAUUUGGUUACCCAUAAACCCAAACAGAACGUAGCUGUGGAUCACUUACCAGUCUACACGGAAAUUCUCAAAUUUGGUUCUCUUGAUCAGAAGAAAAUACGCGAACUCAUGUGCGUAUUCGAAGAUGCACUGAUGCAAAUUCCCGCACACAAAGACACCUCACUGACAUAUAAUCGUGAGGAGGUGUGCUGCUACGUUGUAGAUGAAUACCAAGCCCAUGUAUCUGCUGAAGGAAUCAUCAAAGAACAGAAGGCUCGUACCAGAAUUCUGUGUACUGCAUUUGUGAACGGUGGUCCCCAUAUUGUCCUUGGUUUGAACGAUAAGUGGCGUUAUGGUAGAGAAGUAGUUCGACGAUCAGACAUACUUCCGGUGAUGCAUGAUGAAUGGAUCAGCAUACGCUGUCCUGAGUUUCACUCAUGUGUGGAAUUGGAUGCCUACGAGGUUGAUCAUAUGCUUAAAUUCUUUCCACUGGACGGAUGUCGUUUUGAAUUGCUUCGAUUCCGAGUUAGUCUUCGAGGGAAUAAGGAGCUCCCCAUGCAAGUUAGAACAACUUAUGGGAUCGAUGGCCGCCGUGUGUCAAUGCGCUGUGAACUUCUGGUCCCAGGAUUUUUCAGUGCAAGCAACCGAAAGGGGGCGGUCGCUUGUGAGAAUGUUGAAAUUCAUAUCCCAGUCCCCGAAGAUUGGAUUUAUCAUUUUCGGGUGGAGAAACAUCACAAGUACGGAUCGGUUCAUUCAACCUUGCGUAAACCCGGACGAAUCAAGGGAUUGGAAAGGAUUACCCAAAUGGCACAGAGCCUACUUCCACCAAGCAUUCUCGAAGCUAGCAUUGGUUUGGCCAAAUAUGAACAUUUGUACAAGGCUAUUGUAUGGCGUAUACCGCGUAUACCAGAAAAGCACGAAGCCUCUCUCCGGCCACACUUGUUGACCUGCAAGCUGACUCUGGCUCAACAUGACACCGUGCCUGAAUGGGACACCUUGGUCCCGGACUGUCAGGUGGAAUACACAAUGCCCUCGAGCACCGUUUCUGGGGCUACAGUACGUUCAGUCAGUGUGGAACACACGGGGGUUGCAGAGAAAUUCGUCAAGUACACAUCCAAGUACAAAUACACCGUGGACAUUGAUUAUCAUCUUGGUGAACGUAAAGAACCUCCCCUGAAAAGUAUGCUUGAUGACCAGGACUCGCCAGUAGAACAAGCAAUCGAAGAACCACCACAGGUUCAGACCCCCGUAGAUGAAGAACAAGUCGCGGAACCACAAGGAACUGAAGUGGCAGACUUGUUGGGACUUGGCCUCGGUUUUUCCGAUCUUUCAGACAAUCAGACGACAGAUGUUAAAGAACCUCAGGAAACUCCUGGGAGUGCUGACCUCCUCUAGCAUACAUAAUCACACCGAAUUUAUGCACAUGCACAAAGAUACCGCCCUUCAAUCAAGCCCCCGGUGGUGACCGCGCCCUCAUCGAUCGAUAAAUCACUUUCCAUCUUCUUCGUUCAGCAACGUUUUAUAACUUUUAUCCAUGCUACGAGUAAUCGUUCCUGUGUAAUUUCAUAAUUAUCUGUACAUAACACCCAGUGACGUUCCCUUUUCCUUGAGUUGCGCAGUCAGUGAAUUCGGACUUCUGCACUGUGCAUCAUUGCCAUUGGUCUGCUUGGUGCCAAUCUUAUAAUUUGCUUUAUCAUACUUCCGAUCCAAAGAUCACUCUUCAUUUUGAUUAACAUGUGGUGUGCUACCUCGGGAAACCCCGGUCUCUCACAUGCUCAUACAGUCUGUCCAUUCUUUUCCUUCCUGUAUUUAAUCGUACUCUUGUUCUUGACCAAGUUGUGCCCCUGCGCACUAGUCACAACCGUUGAUUGAAGUGGUCCCAGGCGAAGCCCCUUCUGUGAUACCCUGUAUCAUUUACCCGUUGAUUGGUGAGCGAGACCCACCUACACACUUUUUUGUUCUAAAGCACUCACUCAUUGAGAUCACAAAAGCCAAGUGGUUGUUUCUGAUAGCUUGCAACUUUAUUUAUUGCAAAAUAUGCUUGGAUUCACUGUAACCGUCAUCAGUGAGGUUUUUGUUCCUCCGAUUGAGGCCAGACUGAGGCUACCAUACCGAGGACGUUAUUCAUUACUGCCUUAUAUCGAUAGUUGUUGUAUCGAACCGGAUUGCUGCAGUUUUGCAGGAAUAUAGCGGAAAGUUUACUUCGAGCCUUGCUGCAUUACCUCAUGCUGCAGUCAGUAUCCUUAUA